CAGUGUGGCAGGCAAAGAGCAGGUGAGAGCUCUCUAAGGGGGCCUUGUCUGCAGACGAUGGGGCCAAUGCACUGAGGGCCCUCCCCCCGCAGAAAUAUUAAAACCUGAAGAGAAGCGGAAAAUAAAGAAGAAAAAGAAGAAAACCAAAAAAACCAAAAAAAAACCGGAAAGAGAACAGAACAAUGGUUGCAGAGGAAGUGACAAUUACAUUGUCUGGUGGAGCACCAUGGGGCUUUCGUCUUCAGGGAGGUGUGGAACAUCAGAAACCACUCCAGGUGGCUAAGGUACGUAAGCGCAGCAAGGCGUGCCGGGCUGGGUUACAGGAAGCUGAUGAACUCGUGUCCAUUAAUGAAAAACCAUGUGCAACGCUAUCCCAUGCCCAGGCCAUGGACCUCAUCGACAGCUCCCCUGGGUUAUUACACAUCAAGGUCAAAAGGGUGCCGGCCGGUUUUCAGUCAGUGGUGCUUGUGACCCGUGCCCCAUCUCCACGUAUAGACAAAGAGUAUCGAGCGGCUCUGCGAGCAAUGUCACCAACCCAUCUCCACCAUGCACCUGUCCGUGAGAUCCACCGUAGCCGCUCCUCUUUAACCAGUGGAUUGACAUCUCCUCCUGGUAGUGAGGCUUAUUAUGGUGAGACAGACAGUGAUGCCGAUGUGGCUGGCUAUGAGCGGCAGCGCCGGCAGAAACGCCGUAGUCCCAGCAACUCUUACCCUAUAAAAGCAUCCGGACGAGCCUCUACUGAAGGCGGGGAGACGUCAGAGAUGAGUGGUUAUGACAGUGCUCCUGAUGCACAUGUUUACCCAAAUUUGUUGGCUGGACGAGGGCUUGAUGGAGUUGAAGGAGAAGGGCUGCCAGGGGUGGCAAGAAGGGAGGUGAUUUACCAACCUCCUGUUCCAGGAUUGUGGUCCUCCCAGACAUCAACUGAGACCUCCUCCAUCAUUUCCUCAGCAGAUGACCAAGGGCCACGAGAUGGAGGACAAGAAGAGGAUAGUGGCUUUCUAGAACCCUCCAACGUGCCACUGGUAUCCCCUGAGAGGGCCAAGGAGGCCAUGAUGCUAAGUUCCCGAAGCCAGCUGGUUCCCAUGGUUGGUCCUGUGAAUAAACCUAUUGACGAAGAGCUAACUACAACCUACAUGGAAAAGGCCAAGCAAGCCAGAACCGAGGGGGAUACACCACAAGACAAGCAUGUAAAGGAAGCCAAAAGCAGGUGUCGAACAAUUGCAUCCUUACUGACUGAUGCUCCUAACCCUCACUCCAAGGGGGUUCUGAUGUUCAAGAAGAGGCGGCAGCGCUCCAAGAAGUACACCCUCACCAGCUUUGGCAGUGUGGAUGAGGAUAAUUGUCGUGAUUCACAAGAGGAAGAUGGAGUAUUCCCUGGCAGUGAAUCAGAGUUUGAUGAGGAUGGCUUCUCAUCAGUUCCUGACCCAACAUGGGAUAGUGACUAUUUGGAUACGCUGGAGAAGAGGGCAACCGCAGGCACCGAAGGUCGUGGAGAUUGGGCAGAGGAAGCUCCAAGUCCAGGUUUGAGUGACACCACAGGCAAGGGUGCUCAAUUGUUCGAGCAGCAGAGAAAGAGGGCUGCUGAGCAUGCCAAGAAGGUAGAGACAGCACAACCUCAGGCUCCUCCACAGUCUCAAGUCCAAGAGCAGGCUCAAUUAUAUCAAUUACAUACAGAGAUGCAAACACAGAUGCAACCAAUCCUCCAGGCACCACAAAUGUUAUCGGCCAGACCUACAGCAAUGCAGCAAGAACCGUCUCAGACUUCUGGCCCAGUUACAGCCCAUGGAAUAACUAAUGGCGAUCUUUCCUACUCUGCAGUUAGUACUGCUAGCAUGGUGAUGUCACCUCCACCUGUGGCACCCAAACAACCCACUGGCUCAGUUACUGUUCUGACCAGACCUGCACCACCAGCUGAAACACCAUUACCAGAACUACCUGCAAGUAAUGUCCUCAAUAGAACAGCGCGUCCUUUCACUCCUGGCUUUAUCAGCAUUAGAGCUGCAACUGCCCCUGUAACGUUCCGACCAACUGUAACAAAGACAAACCAGCGUCCAGCCUCAGCAGCUGUUAUGCCACCACCUUUCUCCACAGCCUCUGAACUAUCUUCUAAUGCAACAUCAUUUGCAUCACAGAUACCCCCUGUUCCUCCAUCAGUGUUCUCUAAACCAUCCUCUGUACCUCAAGGUCCCUUUGCCCAAACACCAGAAAGUUAUGUUUCCUUUCACCCUCCAGCCGUCUCUACCUCAGUAGAGAAAAUUCAGCCAUCACCACCAAUAACUACAGUUCAACAGGCUCCAUUUGUAACUGUUCCUACAGGGCCUAUGCCUUCAUUUCCACAGGCUCCUCAACCACUGAUGGCUCCAGCCCCUGUUCCUCUUGUACCCUAUAUUCCUGGUUCAGCCAACAUAGUUGCCCCAGUGCCUCAACCUCAAAUACCACCUCCACUUCAGUUUUCAACAGCCCCUACAGCUACAGUGUCAGUUGUGUCCCAGCCAGAAGCAGUAGCUCAAACCCCUGUUCCUGGUCAGACAGGUAAAACAGGAAUCUUACUUGAGGCUCGGCGGCGUGCUGGGAAACCCAAACCAAUGUUUAAUGUGCCAGAAGUCACAAAAAAGUCCCCCAAUCCUGAGCUACUAUGUAUGGUGCAGAACCUUGAUGACAGGUCCACCCUACACAAAUAUGGCCAACCACAGUCUGAGAAUAUCUAUGAUGAUGUAGAGGAGGACAGAAGUGGUGAGGCUAGCAUGGGAAGGGCACCUCCUCCGGUUGCACCCAAGCCUCGGGUCAUCCACGAUGCCCCACAGUUUCUUCAAGCAGGUGGAAAAGGUGCCCAACUGUUUGCCCGCAGGCAGAAUCGCAUGGGUAUGUAUGUAGUGGAGGCCCCAUCUGAGACCCCUUACCAGCAGGAACUAGCAAUGCGCGGUGUAGGCCAGCCCCUUGACUCCUCCUCAAAUGCUUUCAUGCCCUCUCAGUGGAAAUACUCCCCUAAUGUCCGUGCCCCCCCACCCAUUGGGUACAACCCACUCCUGGCCCCCUCCAUCCCUACAGGGCCUCAGAGGGAUACUACCAAGCCUGAUGGCAGGGGUAUAGGAGGCUCCCAACGAGAGGGCAUCAAAGCUCUGGAUUUCAUGAGAAGGCAGCCCUACCAGCUCAACUCUGCAAUGUUCAACUAUGGAGGAAGUGCUGCUAAUUUAUCAUCCAUGCCCUCUUACCAGGCCCAGAGGCAGCAGCAGGGGGAUUACACAAUGGUGGGCAGUUCAUUAACCCCACCUAAGCAGAUCCCAAUCAAAACAGCUCGUGUCUUUGAGGUUAAGCGAUUCUCAACACCCACACCUAUGUCAGCUCCUACUCUGAAUCCCAAGGUCAUUGCACCCCGCUCAGCCACUACCCUUGGAGAACGUCUGACCUAUUCUGGCAUGACAUCCCCUCCUUCUUCUGAUCCCACUUCAACCCCAGCCCCUUUUUUGCCAACAGCACGACUCAAUGCCCCAACUCCAGUAUCACCUCCUUCCCAUCUAGCUGCACGGCCCAGUCUCCCCAAAUUUUCUAACCCCCCUAUUCCAAAUCCUGUUCCCCCUGCAGUCCCUAAACCUUACACUCCAGUAUCAUACACCAGUGGGCUUCAGACAGCCAAGCAGUUCCAGAGUGCUCCUGAACUUAGUAUCCUUGCUUCUUUGCCCCCACUCCGAUCUGACCCAGUUCAGGCUCCCAAACCACGUUUUGUUGCCACCAAGGGAGGUGUCCAGCCCCAUGUUUGGAGACCCGGGGCACUAUAGGAAACAAUAAAUUAAUUAAGAAUUGUUUUGGUACUUUAUUUAUUGUUUAAAUCUAGUAAAAAAUGCCAAAUGUCUUUUGCCUGUAGUUUACAAAUAUGAAAAUACUAUGCUUUCUCAUCUUAAAUCAUAUAUCGAAUGUCUUUGAUUUUUGGGUGGUUGAUUAAACAAAUAAAGGUAAAGAAGAUAACAUCACAUCAAGUUUUGGGAACGUUUGAUGGGCAUUUCUCCAGUAAAUUUAUCUAGGCAGCCUUUCAUUUAAUUAUUUAAGCCUCAAAAUUAGCUUUGAACAUAAAUCAAAAAGUUAUAUAGAAAUACUGUAUUAAAUUGAGAACAAGAAACCAGUCAUGUUUUUAAUAUAUUUGAGAGCUUGAACAGGUGUAAUGGUUGUAUUAUUCAAAUGCUGCUUUUCACAUUUAUUUAGCUACCAACAUAUUUAUUUACACACGUAUCUGAGUGACAAUAACAAUAAAUUACAUAUCGUAUGCUGUAUAGUCCAUAUGCCUGUCCUGGGGGAGGUUUGUGUAAGGCUUCUGGAGAUCUUUCUACUAAUUCAGCAGAAAUACCAUCUAAACAGAGCCUGUACUGAUUAUUCUUUGAAACUUGAAAUGUCUGAAAAGAUGUUAAAAAUGAAUAGUUGCAAUCCUUAUCAUAGGAUAACAUAUUUAAUUGAAGAUGUAUGUUGCAGUGGAGGAUCAUAGAGCUAAAUUGCAGGCUUUCAUGUUGAAACAUUUAAUACUAUUAAUCAUAAUGCUCUAUUAUCUGAUGUGCCCAAAAAGUAUUUAGUCUAUAGCAUUAUCAAUGAGAAAUGUAUGAGGAUCGGGUCUUCUCUCUCAGGUGUUGAUGAUGCAUGACUCAUUGAAAAUUCUAAAAUGUUAAAAUGCUUCAGUUUAACUUGGAACUAUAUGUGAAGAUAAGGUUUACUCUUUCAAGCGAUGUUUGAAUGAGGAAGAGCCAAAUACCUCUUUUUGCUAUAUUGAGAGAAAAAUCUUUUUUCGCAUGGGUCACAUUUAGAAAGUCCCUAAGUUGUCAUUGAAUGUACACUUGUCACUGGAAAACCCAGCCUCCAUUAGACACACUAGAGCCUUAUUAGUAUGAGUGUGAUCUUUGCAGAUAUUUAUGUGAAUUCCUUACUUUAAUUAAACAAAUAACACAGAUACAGGAAUGUGUAUUUUAUUUUGUUUAAUUGUGAUUUGAUCUAAAUGGGUGCAAGGGGAAGUCGAUUGAUAUAGAACCACCAGCAUUCAAUAUAAUGGGGUUCAAGAAAGGAGAGUGGCUGUGGAGGGGAGAUAGUCAGGAUGUUGUUGGCCAGUUUACUGAAUGGGGUCAUACCAUUUUACACAAGGGUUAUGGUAAAUGCUGGCAUGGCAGAAAAUUGGGAUUUACAGUAUGGUUGAAUUGUAUAUAGUUAUGAAAUCCCACAGCCUGCAGAAGUUUGACGAGUAUGACUAGGAAAGUUUGAUACUCAAGGUUUGUUGGUUAAGCUCAAUGAGGUGAUAGAAUGAGGCACUGAGGUUAAGUUUGUGUCUUUCAGUGUGGCUAAUUAGAAGUAAGGGAAAUUCAUUAAAUGGCUUUUUUACAUGAAGAAACUAGGUAUUUUAAUUGGAAACAAUAAUAAACUAAAGAAAAUGUAAUGUUUGAAUACUUUGGGAGGUACUUUUGUUGUUUUAUACCAUUUCUAAAAUAGAAUUUCUGUGAAUGUAGCUGGAUUCAGUUAUGAGCUGGAUAUGAAUGCUGAGUAGGCAUUCAAUCUGACAGGGGGGCACGUCAUUUUGAGAGGAAUAAAAUUAGAUUUGAAAGCUCUCCAGUUGUCUAACACGUUUGAUUUUACACUGCCCCCUGUUGUUGAUUUUGUGAUCCUGCUCUUUCCUUUUAAUGUAUAUGCA